UCGGCCGAGUUGUAGAGUGAGUGAGUGGAAGGGGGGAGGAUUUGGAGAUGGCGCUUCUCUUUCUUCAAAGUUGCCUGAAAAUAGCGGCUUUCAAAUCCAUUUCCAGCUCACCUUCAGACAGAGAGAAGAAGGGAGGAGAGAGAGAGAGGGCUAGUGAGUGAGUGAUGAGAGCGGGCGAGUUACGAGUUCUCGGUGGGUGGAGAUGGAGAUCGGAGCGAGGUGGGGUUGAG